CAAAAAACCUCUGCAAUGGUGCCAUCCCUGAGACUGCCGUCUCUCACCUCCCUCCUCUUUCCCGUCGACAGUUCCCGCUCCCCAGCGGCUCUGCGGCGGAGCUUGUAUCUCCGGAGGCCACUCGCCGCUGGAUUCUCCGCUCAGAGCGCGGCGACGACGCCGAGCACGAGUGCUUCGCCGGAGACCAAGCCCGAGGUCGAGCGUCUCAGGUCUGACAAAUCUGUCACGCCUCGGUCGCAGGACUUCAAUGCGUGGUACUUGGAUGUCAUCGCCAGUGCAGAGUUGGCCGAUUACGGUCCCGUUCGUGGCACCAUGGUCAUUCGUCCGUACGGUUACGCGAUGUGGGAAGCGAUCCAGGAAUACUUAAACGCGAAAUUCAAAGAGACUGGGCAUGACAACAUGUACUUCCCACAGUUUAUACCAUACUCAUUCAUAGAGAAAGAAGCUUCGCACGUUGAGGGAUUCAGUCCUGAACUAGCCCUUGUCACUAUCGGAGGAGGGAAAGAACUUGAAGAGAAGCUCGUGGUUCGGCCUACUAGCGAGACAAUCGUGAAUCACAUGUUUACUCAGUGGAUUCACAGUUAUCGCGAUCUUCCUCUCAUGAUCAAUCAGUGGGUGAAUGUCACUAGAUGGGAGAUGCGGACUAAACCAUUUGUGAGAACUCUUGAGUUUCUAUGGCAGGAGGGGCAUACUGCCCACGCCACUCCUGAGGAGGCAGAAAAGGAGGCACAACAGAUGAUUGAAAUCUAUACCAAAUUUGCCUACGAGCAAGCUGCAAUACCUGUUAUUGCAGGUCGAAAAUCAAAACUGGAGACAUUUGCUGGUGCUGACAAAACAUAUACCAUUGAGGCUAUGAUGGGAGAUCGGAAGGCUUUGCAGGCUGGGACCCGCCACAACCUGGGGCAGAACUUUUCUCGUGCGUUUGGAACUCAGUUUGCAGACGAGAAUGGAGAAAGGCAGCAUGUGUGGCAGACAUCAUGGGCCAUCAGUACUCGUUUUGUAGGAGGCAUUAUCAUGACUCAUGGAGAUGACACCGGUCUUAUGCUUCCACCAAAGUUAGCACCAAUACAGGUAAUUAUUGUACCGAUUUGGAAAAAGGCCGAUGAAAAAAUAGCUGUUUUGAAUGCGGCAUCAUCUGUGAAAGAAGUUCUACGAACUGCUGGAGUGAAAGUUAAACUUGACGACGGAGAACAACAUACCCCCGGGUGGAAAUUCAACUUCUGGGAAAUGAAGGGAGUUCCUAUUAGGAUUGAAAUUGGUCCACGGGAUGUAUCCAGUAACUGUGUCGUCGUCUCGAGGAGAGAUGUGCCCGGGAAGGCGGGGAAAGUUUUCGGUAUCUCCAUGGAGCCAUCAACACUAGUGGCUUAUGUAAAGGAAAAGUUGGACGAGAUCCAAUCGUCUCUUCUUGAAAAGGCGGUGUCAUUCAGGGAUAGUAAUAUCGUGGAUGUGAACUCUUACGAUGAACUAAAAGCAGCGAUCUCGGAAGGGAAAUGGGCAAGAGGUCCUUGGUCAGCAAGCGACGCAGAUGAAGCUCGGGUAAAAGAAGAAACGGGGGCCACGAUUCGUUGUUUCCCAUUCGAGCAGACUCCCGGGACAAAAAGCUGUCUGAUGACUGGCAAUUCCGCCGAAGAAGUAGCGAUCUUUGCCAAGUCUUACUAGGUCUGCUCCCCCCUCCCAUGUUUUAACAACACCUUUCUCGAUUCAUAAAUCAUAUUAAAAAAAGAGAUUUUUUUCCCCCAAGAAUUGCCAGUGUACAAUUACGUGUAUGAAUCAAGCAAGUAUUUUCAGUUGUCUGAAUGAAGAACGAGGUCUCCGUCUCUUGGGUGCUCAAGGGUCAGGACCGUGAGGGCGAAGAAAGCGGAUUACUUUUGUUGUUCUCUGUGUCCUUAAGGCUGUGGGUGUGUGUCUGUCUGGUCAGGUCGGGUCCAGUGUUCUUAGUUUAUUUGUUAUAUUAUUUUAUAAAAAAUAAUUACUCAACAAAGCAGAUAACUUUUUAAAAAAUUCCAAUUGUUAUUA